GUGAAUGGGGGGGGGGGGUAUUUCUUUCCAAGUUUGUCAAUGUAUUUCAAUGCCAAGUGCAUUAAUUCCCCCUUUCCCGCGUCGCAUUAAUUCAGUCUUCAAAACGUGCUCUGUUUAUUGUUGUGUUUUUCAGGAGAACUUAAAAACAUUAUCCUAUUUGAAGUGGUUAUGAGUCAUUCUUUUAGCAUUCUUUUUUAUUCCUACAUCACUAGAGGUUUCGACUUCCUCUUUAUUUCCAAUUCCGACUAGUCUGCAAAGAGAGAAAAUCAUACAAUAAGUUUGGUUGUAUUCGUUUCAGUAGCCUGCUUGGCGAGCUAAAACUCAAUCCUACUUUUUCUCCCAGUAGCAACCCUGUUCGCUUCAGGACAACGACGGCAUGCAAUAACAUUACAGUUCAGUAGCUGUUCAGUGUUGUUUGGGUUGGUGCGUCGGGGUAAAAAAACUUUAACUUGACCGACAGUUCGUAGGACAUGCUGAAAACAGAUGGAUAACAUUCCAACCUGCAGCUGUGGGACAUAAUUUUAUUUUCCUGUGGAAUAUUUUUUAUUAAAAAUUGUAUUUGUGUGCUUUAUUUUGGAUUACUCGUUUCUUUGGAUUUACUGUGAAUGAAGCUAGUGUGUUUUUUGAAAAUUUUUCACGAUGUCAGGUGCAACAUCCGUCUCUCACCGGACCCAGAGACAAAAAAUGAAGCAUAUUUCACCCUUGAUGUAUCAUCUCCCGCCGGCAAUUUGGUCGGCAGUUAUUGAAGAAAGUGAUUCUGACAGUGGUUCAGAAUCUUCCCGUUAUUCAGCUUUAGUAUCAUCUGAUGGUUGUGGAACUGACUCAGAUUCAGAUUAUAGUGACAUCACACAGAAAGGGUAUGAAAAGAAACGAGCCAAACUUUUGGCCCCAUACAUGCCGGCUCGCAGCACAGGAGCUGCUAGUCCUUCAACAAGAGCUAAAAGAAGAGCUCAAAGAAGACUUACUAGAAAUGAAAGUAGAUAUCAUUCUGAAGUUCGACAAGAAGCUGUACAACAAGCUCUUGCCGCAAUGCAAAAUAGACCAAAGCCAUCUGUUCCAAUGCCAUCAAAAAGAACAUCAGUGAUGGCUACGUCACCCUCUAGAGAACGCCAUGCAUCUGAUUCCUCCUCUGAUGAUGACAGUGCUCUAAAUGAAGGCAGCACACCCGAACAAGAACAUCUUCCUUCUCAUAAUAUCCAUCAAGUUCCAACAUCCCAAUCUGAUACAUCUAGUACAUCCUCUACACGUGAAACACCAUCUCCUCAGCAAUGGUAUAAUGGAAGACCAAAUCGAGUAGAUGACUAUUGGGUUCAUGCUAAUAUAUCAAGUCCUAUGACCAAUCUGGCUGAUGUCAUGCAAAAUCUCACACCAAGUCUUAGUGUACAGCCAGAUGUUACUAAUACAUCAGCUGAAGUAACUCGGUGGACAUCAGCUGACCAUGUUAACCGUUAUAAUCAAGCUCACAUGACAUCAGUUCGGAUUACACAUCAUUCUUCAACUGGUUUAAGUUAUGAUACCGGUACUGGAAAGUGGAAAGUUUCUGCUAAAAUCCAACAACUAUUAAAUACACUUAAGAGGCCAAAGAGAAGACCACUUCCAGAAUUUUACGUAGAUGAUGAGUCAGAAUUAGAAGCUAAGCAGCUAGAUCCAAAUGCCCCAAGGCCCGAAGGAAAUGUGAUGGUACCCAUCACCGGUGAAGAAUUACUGGUCCCUUCUGGUUUGCCUCUAACUUGUGAAGCGGCAAUCAAAAGGUAUGGCUCUGGAACAUUUAAAGCUCCUGCUGCUACUGUUUUAGACACAACAGGCAAAAUAAGUAAUCCUUUAACUUAUGGUAAAUUAUUAAGCAGAUCUCAAAAAAUUGGUUACAGUCUUUUAAAUAAAAUUGGUCAAAAAGGAGAAGUUGGAAUUAAACCUGGUGAUCGAGUGGCAUUGGUGUACCCUAACAGCGACCCACUUUCAUUUAUGUGUUCAUUUUAUGGGUGUGUCACUGCUGGAGUAGUACCUGUUCCUAUUGAAGUACCACUUACAAGAAGGGAUGCAGGUUCUCAGCAGAUAGGCUUUUUAUUGGGCAGCUGUGGUGUAAAUUAUGCCUUGACAUCUGAAGCAUGUUACAAAGGCCUUCCGAAAACAGCUACUGGUGAAAUCCACACAUUUAGAGGUUGGCCUAAGCUCAACUGGGUUGUUACGGAACAUCUGAGUAAACCUCCUAAAGAUUGGAUGCCACCUUCUAGACUAACUGAGGAUACACCAGCUUAUAUAGAAUAUACGGUUGAUAAAGAGGGAGCUAUGAAAGGUGUUGCAAUCACUAGAAUCGCCACUGCCAAUCAUUGUCGAACAUUGACAGCUGCUUGUAACUAUACAGAAGGUGAAGUCAUGGUUUGUGUCUUAGACUUUAAGAGAGAUGUUGGCUUGUGGCAUAGUAUCCUUACGAGUGUUCUAAAUGGGAUGCAUGUAAUAUUCAUUCCUUAUGCUUUGAUGAAAGUAAAUCCUGCUUCCUGGUUAAUAAUGAUUACUAAAUUUAAAGCAAGUGUUGCUAUUUGUAAAUCAAGAGAUCUACAUUGGGGUUUAUUGGCUACAAAAGACCACAAGGACGUUAAUCUCAGUUCUUUAAGGUUGCUUCUUAUUGCAGAUGGAUCAAAUCCUUGGUCCUUAUCAUCAUGUGAUCAAUUUAUCAGUGUGUUUCACAGUCGUGGCCUGCGUCCUGAUGCUGUAUGUCCUUGUGCAGCUUCUCCUGAAGGACUCACAGUUUCUAUAAGAAGGCCUGGACAAAUUUUGGGACCUGUAUCCUGUGGUCGUGGAGUACUUUCUAUGUCUGCUUUAAGCUAUGGAGUCAUUAGAGUUGAUCAAGAAAAUAGUUUAACAUCUUUAACGCUUCAAGAUUGUGGACAAAUAAUGCCUGGAGCUUAUUCAGCUAUUGUCCAAGUGAAUGGUUUACCAUUUCUCUGCAAAACAGAUGAAGUCGGAGAAAUCUGUGUAUGCUCAUAUGGAACUGCUUCUUCUUAUUGGGGACUGCAAGGCCUUUCCAACACUCUAUUCAAGAUGCAACCUCUGUUUUCUGAUGGACAGCCUGUAAAUGAUCAAAACUGGGUUAGGACUGGGUUACUAGGAUUUAUUGGACCAGGUGGUCUUGUAUUUGUGUGUGGUACUAGAGAUGGGCUUAUGCAAGUAAGUGGUCGAAAACAUAAUACUGAUGAUAUCAUUGCAACAGUUCUGGCAGUAGAACCCAUGAAAUUUAUUUAUCGUGGAAGAAUCGCUGUGUUUUCUGUCAAAGUGUUACGGGAUGAACGGAUAUGCGUAAUUGCAGAACAAAGACCAGAUUGUGCUGAAGAAGAGAGUUUUCAAUGGAUGAGUAGAGUACUGCAAGCUGUUGAUAGUAUUCAUCAAGUUGGAAUUUACUGUCUUGCUUUAGUUUCGCCCAACUGCUUGCCAAAAACUCCUUUAGGUGGUAUUCAUUUAUCUGAAACAAAAAGACGAUUUUUAGAGGGAAGUUUGCACCCUGCCAAUGUUUUGAUGUGCCCUCACACCUGUGUUACCAAUCUUCCUAAACCUAGAGAAGCUCAUCCUGAAGUUGGGCCUGCGUCAGUCAUGGUAGGAAAUAUGGUGCAAGGUGUGCGUCUAGCUUCUGCUCAAGGUCGAGAUAUUGGUGUUAUUGAUGAUGAUAGUGACACGGCUAGAAAAUAUCAAUUCAUAUCUGAGAUACUUAAGUGGAGGGUAACUACUACUGCAGAUCAUGUUAUCUUCACACUUUUCAAUUCAAAAGGUGGAAUUACAGGAACUUUGACAUGCUCUCAACUUCAUAAGAGAGCUGAAAGAGUUGCAUGUUUAUUGCUAGAAAAAGGAAAAUUGAACACUGGUGACCAUGUAGCUCUUAUUUAUCCUCCAGGGUUAGACCUGAUUUGUGCUUUUUAUGGCUGCUUGUAUGUUGGCGUUGUUCCAGUAACAAUUCGACCACCACAUCCCCAAAACCUACAGACAACUCUUCCUACAGUACGAAUGAUUGUUGAUGUUAGCAAAUCAGUUUUAAUUUUAUCUACAGCUCCUGUUUCUAAGCUAUUGAAGUCUAAAGAAGCAGGCAAUGUUGUUGAUAUAAAGUCAUGGCCUCUCAUCUUAGAUACUGAUGACAUUCCAAAAAAGAAAUUAACUAGCAUAUAUAGAGCUCCAACUCCUGAAAUGAUAGCUUAUUUGGAUUUUAGUGUUAGCACAACUGGAAUGCUAGCUGGUAUUAAGAUGUCCCAUGCAGCAUCAACUUCUUUAUGUAGAAGUAUGAAACUUGCCUGUGAAUUAUAUCCAUCAAGACAUAUAGCUCUUUGCCUUGAUCCUUACUGUGGUUUAGGUUUUGCCUUAUGGUGUUUGAAUAGUGUUUAUUCAGGUCACCAUACCAUUUUAAUCCCACCAUCUGAAGUUGAAAUUAAUCCUGCCCUUUGGUUAUCAACAAUUAGUCAAUACAAAGUGCGUGAUACAUUCUGUUCAUAUGGCGUUAUGGAACUUUGCACAAAAGGCUUAGGAUCAUCUAUCAGCCAAUUGAAGAGAGGGAUAAACUUGAGCUGCGUUCGAACCUGUGUUGUUGUAGCUGAGGAGAGGCCUAGAGUUGGAUUAACAACCUCAUUCUCUAAAUUAUUUUCUGGUUUAGGCUUAUCUCCUAGAGCUGUUAGCACAAGCUUUGGAUGUCGAGUAAAUGUUGCCAUUUGUUUGCAGGGAGCCUCUAGUCCAGACCCAACUGCAGUAUAUGCUGAUAUGCGAGCAUUGCGAAAUGAUCGAGUUACAUUAGUUGAAAGAGGUGCUCCUCAUAGUUUAUGUCUGAUGGAGUCUGGCAAACUUCUUCCAGGAGUGAAAGUAGUCAUUGCCAAUCCUGAGACUAAAGGACAAUGUGGAGAUUCUCACCUAGGAGAGAUUUGGGUGCAGUCAUCUCAUAAUGCUAGUGGAUAUUUCACUAUCUAUGGUGAUGAUUCUCUUCACAAUGAUCAUUUCAAUGUGAGGCUAAUCACUGGUGACUCAUCACAAACUUAUGCAAGGACUGGUUAUUUAGGUUUUUUGCGAAGAACAGAGAGUGUUCAAGCUGAUGGUGAACUUCAUGAUGCUGUGUUUGUAGUUGGGUCUCUGGAUGAAACUAUCAUGCUCCGAGGAAUGAGAUAUCAUCCUAUAGAUAUUGAAAAUAGUGUCCUGAGAUGUCAUAAAAAAGUUUCUGAAUGUGCUGUGUUUACUUGGACUAAUUUACUUGUAGUUGUGGUUGAACUUGAUGGAAAUGAAAAUGAAGCUUUAGAUCUUGUACCCCUAGUCACAAAUGUAGUUUUGGAGGAACAUCAACUUAUUGUAGGAGUAGUAGUUGUUGUCGAUCCUGGAGUUGUGCCUAUAAAUUCCAGGGGUGAAAAGCAACGAAUGCACCUUCGAGAUGGAUUUUUAGCUGAUCAAUUAGAUCCAAUUUAUGUAGCUUAUAACAUGUGAGAAGAUAUUAUCUAAAAUGUUAUUUAUAU